CUGGGAAAUGUUCUUAUUACGUGGACGGAACACUGAUCCUGAAUUAAUAUAUUCAAAAGCCCUUGAUUGUCUUGUGCAUCAACUCAGUUCAUCUUCACUGCCUGCGGAACAUUUAAUCCUUAAAUAAAACAAUGGUGAACAAAGAGAGAAUAAUUAAAUGUAUCUUCUAAAAUCAUCCCUUUUCAAACAUCCACUGAUUAAUUAAGUGUUUAACCUUAGAUUAAUAAUAGCCUGGAUUCUGCUGCUUUAAUUUCCCUCUGUUUUCGUGACAUUAUUGACAGUAUUCCAAAACACAGAUCCAGAACGUUUUAAAAGCCACUAGUGCCUUUGCAUAAAUAUUUUCAUCGAUGGAAAAUUGAUAAGAUCACUCCACGUCGCAGUCCCUUUCUUCUGAAAGUGUAGACUACAUAUCCUAGCUACCUCCCUCCAUUUAACAGCCCUCCAACUCUUUAUUGCUCUGCGCAUCCUAGCCAAGCGCGCGAGUCCGAAAGCAAUUCAAGAUGAUGUCAAUGGAGAGGCGCACCCUCGUUCCGAAUCCAGAGAGAGCGCGCAGUGUAAGCGCACAGCUGCGUGUGGUGAAGUUUAGUAUACCUCAGAAAUCCUCGACUACUUCGCUAGAUUAAAAAAAACAGAUUGGUGUGGGGGAAUAAACCUGUCUCACUGCGCACGCACCGCACCAACAUUGUCCAAUGACUGAAGCUUGCGCAUCUACUGAUGACCAUUACUUGAAAUUGUUUUGCACAAUGCGGUGUUGUAUUUAACGUUAUCCUUUUUAGUUGUUUUAAGUCCGCCUGCCCUCUUGGAUCUUUUUGGAGAUGUCUGAGUUUAACCACUCAAAUGUAUCAGGCGGAAACGCUCCGGACCCGGACUACAAGUGGACGUAUGAAUAUUACGACGAUGAUGAGCCUGUUUCGUUCGAGGGACUCAAAGCGCACCGAUAUUCCAUCGUGAUAGGCUUCUGGGUGGGCCUGGCUGUCUUUGUCAUCUUCAUGUUCUUUGUCCUGACGCUUCUCACCAAGACAGGAGCUCCACAUCCCGAAGGAGCUGAGCCCUGUAAGAAGCGUGUUCGUCUGACCAGCUGUGUGGAGGACUUCAGCCCCCCUGCAGACCCUGACAACCGGCCCUGCCUCCAUCGCCCCUUACUGGACUCCUCUGUCAGCCGCUCCCUCUUCCACUGCUACGUCAAUGAGGAACAGGCCCAGGAGGGGUCCAGGCCUAGAGCUGGGGCACGAGUUUUGGGAGCACCCAGAGGAGGGCUUGUCCAGGGGCCGGGGCGAGGCAGGUCAGGCAGCCCAGAGGAGGGGGGGAUGGAAGUAGGUGUCACCAGUGCCCGACAAGGGGCUGCCAUGUUGGGGGGGAACCAGACUGACCACAGAGAGGCAAUGUCCCUGUCCCACUUUAACAUCCCUAAUGUUGUGAACUCCGAGCACUGCUCCACCCUGGGGGCGGACGAUCUGCUGCUGGGGGAGCCGCCAAUCAUCAUGGAGGGGGAGUGUCAUUGGCCCCACAGUGCACAUCACAUGAUGGACUAAGGUUCUCUCUACUUCCUGGGGUGCCGCCAAUCAUCCCGGAGGGGUAGCGUCAUUCCCAUGGUGUCCUUCACACGAUUGACUGGGGGAACCGUCAAUCAUCCUAGAGGGGGAGUGUCAUCGGCCACUUAGUGCCGUUCAGAAGACGGACUGUCCUGCCCAUCACACAAUAGACUAGGGUCCUGCUUACUUCUCACACCCACUGCCGUUAGGACAUUAUAGAUAAUUAUGAGGACAUCACAGGACUCAUCAGCCUUAUAUAGAGAGAGUUGUGUCAAGGUCCUAAUCUAACAUUCUGUGUUGUGCCAGUCAUGUACAGUGCAAGCUCUCCUAAUUAGGCUGUGGUUCCAGCUUCCCACACCACCUCCACUGUGAGGACAUUCUGGAUUAUUAUGGAUCCUCCUACAGUAACUGUACCUCCUGACAUUUUCAUUCUGUUCAGAUUAGGUUCAGGAUAAAAUACUGUACAGUCCAAAUAUAUAAACAUUUAAAUGUUAAAAAUACAUAUGUGAUAUGAGCUACUUUUCUAAUCUUUAUGUCAACAAGGUUGCCUACGCAGAGCCAAAACUUGUGACGUCACAUCUCAAUGUUAAACUGGAAGUCCAGCUUCAUCAAGUUGAUUCAAAUGUUUUUUAUUUAUUUAACAAGGCAAAUCAGUUAAGAACAAAUUUUAAUUUACACCAGGGCCAAAUCCUCCCCUAACCCGGAUAAUGCUGGGCCAAUUGUGCGCCACCCUAUAGGACCCCCGAUAACGGCCUGUUGUGAUACAUCCCAGAAUCGAACCUGGGUCUGUAGUGAUGCUGCGCCACUCGGUCCCCCCGUAUAGUGGUGGAGGCCUUCCAGGAAUCAGUUAAGGGGAUGGAGACAAGAGACAACAGAAGAGGUAAGGGGAAUUUGAUACAACAACCAAAAUGUACCAGAAAGGCAAGACUCUUCUUUUGGGUUUUCAAUUCAACAGCAGUCGGAAUGUUGUCCUUGUUCAGUACUAAUUGUAGCACACCUGUUAAUCACUAUAAACACCUUACUUUUUAUAUACCAUGUGUUGCUCCUGGCAAUGCUUUACCUACAUGUCAUAUCAAGAUCUCGUCUGCCAAGUCUAUAGAAGGUUGUGACUAAUAAAACUAUUUCAACGUCAGCUGAUUGUGUUCAUUAUAUAACCAUUUCAAAUUACCUUGGAACCACAAAAUAGAGUAAAGUUCUAAUUCUGAAGAUAACAAGUGAUGAAUUGUUUCACUAUUAUCGCUUUUACAGGAUUUUAAGAUGUCCUCCAGCAAUUUGUUUUUAAUUUUCCCUUUUGAAAAGCAAUAUCCCAAGUAUAAAUACAGUAAAGUACACACUAAAAUACAUUGAGCAAAAUAGUGUUUUUUAGACAGGAGUAUUGCAUUCAUGCAGGAGUUGGUUUGAUGUGAUGUCAUCAGACUCCCCCUUGCUUGAGAAAACAAUUGAGUAGCAAUAGAGAACAAAAGAGGA